AUGGCUGCUUCCAGAGCACAACCAAAGGCCAGACUGAGCAGACACUUUCCAUCAGGGGGCAGUGUGACGCUGACCUGCUCUGUGAGCCCAUCAUCAUCAUCAUCAUCAUCAUCUGGUUGGAAAUACUUCUGGUACAGAGGCAAUAAAGCCUCUGAACCUCUGACCACACAAGAUGUUGUCUUCCUCUCAAAUGAAACAAUCAGUGUCUCACAGGGAGGACUCUACUGGUGCAGAGGAGGAAGAGGAGAUCCACUUUACUACACAGAGUACAGUGAUCCAGUCGUUACAAACAGAGCUGUUGUGACCCUGCGACCCAACUGGCCUGAGAUAUACUAUCUGGAGACGAUCACACUGACAUGUGAAAUUGAGGAUGGAGGAGACGCUGAGUGGGAGUAUGAGUGGACGACACUCAGCUCAUACAGACCUGAAAAACAAAAGGAAAACAUGAUUACAUAUGCUUUGUCAUCACACAGUGGAGAGUACAGGUGUAUGGGCACACUGAAACAUGAAAAGUCUUCAACAGAGUGGAGUGAUGCUUUCACAUUGAGAGUAUCUGAUUAUAAACCUCAGCCUGUCCUCACUGUGUCUCCAUUAUGGCUGAGUCCUGGAGCCUCAGUAACUCUGAACUGCAGUGUUAAACAUCCAUCUGCAGGAUGGAGGUUCUUCUGGUAUAAGGCUGUUCCCAAACUGUCAGACUCCUACAGCUAUGAGCUGAUACCUGGCAGCAUCCAUGGGACUGAACAGGAUUCCUACAUUGUUGAUGGACAGACACACACAGCAGGAUAUGUGUGCAGAGCUGGAAGAGGAGAUCCAGUGUAUUAUACUCAUUGCAGUGAACCUAAGUUUGUCUGGUCUGGAGAUUCUCAUUCAGCAGCGUCUCUCACAGUGAGUCCUGACAGAAUGCAACACUUCAGCAGAGAGCCUGUGUCACUGAGCUGUGAGGGAAACUCUACCGAGUGGAGAGUGAGCAGGUUUUCUGUAGAUGGCUACCUGAGACACUGUUGUUCUUCCUCUUCUUACUGGGGGACCAUGACUGGAUCCAGAUGCAACAUGGACCGUUACUGGCAGAGUGGAGUCUUCUGGUGUGAGUCUGAAACAGGACAGUUCAGCAAUGCAGUCAACAUCACUAUACAGUAUUCAUGCUUCAUGAGGUCUCAGAGCACCAAUCAGGGUCCUGCUCCAGACCACAUGAUCAACCAGGAUGAAACUCAAGGCAGAGAGUAUGCUUCUCUUCUCCACGGUGACGUCUGUCUCUACGAAACAAUCAGAGGCUCUGAAGAACCUGAACAUGUUAAAGAGGAAGAGGAGGAUGGAGACAGGAGUCAGGUCUCACCUGGCGAGAUCUUCGUCCACCCGCUGUCCAACCCCGGAGCUGCGGGGAUCUGUCCAGAGAUGCUGGAGGUGGCGGAGGAGGCGAGCCGGGCCGGAGAUUUCAGCCUGGCGGUGGAGAUCUACAGCUCCCAGCUGUCAGACCUCCAGCAGCCGGACCGGGGGCUGUGUCUGAGGAAGGCCGACUCUCUGAUGAUAUCGAUGAUAUACAAGGCGGACCCUUCUAAUAAAACAGAGUGCAGAGUGUCAGUGCUCGAUGUGAGGAUGGGGCUGACUUUGUUCUGCGUGCUGUUGUUAUUCUCGCUGAAUACACUCCUCGACUGUGGACACACUGAAGACGCUGAGCUGAUCGUUGAACCCAACUCACCCUAUUUAUUUAGUGGAGAGUCUGUUACCUUCAUAUGUGACAUGAGAGAAGGAACAGACACUGACUGGCUUUACACAUUCAACAGGAACGGUCGACCAGUUGUCUCCUUCAAUACAGACAACUGGUCUCAGAGCACCAAUCAGGGUCCUGCUCCAGACCACAUGAUCAACCAGGAUGAAACUCAAGGCAGAGAGUAUGCUUCUCUUCUCCACGCUUUUUCUUUACACAGCGUAGAAGCAUUUCUCAGAGGCAGAGUAACAGUCGUGAGUGUGAAGAUGGGGCACACUCUGCUCUGUGUGCUGGGGGUUUUCUCACUGAAUCUACUCCUCUACUGUGGACAUGCUCAAGAUGCUGUGCUGACCAUUGAACCAAACUGGUCCACUUUAUUUACCGGAGAGUCUGUUACCUUCAUAUGUGACAUGAGGGUGGGAAAAGACACCGACUGGUAUUACGUAAUCUACAGGAAUGGUCGAGAAUUUCCCCCCUUCGGCUCAGACAAGAGAUAUACAUCACAAUCUCUGUCUACAGACGACAGUGGUGAAUACCAGUGCAUUGGUGAUCACAAGCACUCAGCAUAUUCAAGAAAAGAAAGUAAUAAAGUCUCUCUAACUGUAUCAGACAAAGAUGUGAUCCUGGAAAGUCCUGCAUCCACUGUGUUUGAAGGAGAAUCAGUGACCCUGCGCUGUCGACAUCGUACUCAGACAAAGGAGAAGAAUGCUGUUUUCUACAAAGACGGAUCACCUAUUGAAAGAGACACAAACCAUCAGUCAGCGAUGUCUUCAGAAAACACAGUUCAAGUCAUUUCAGAUGGGAGCUCUUACAUGUGUAAAUUUGAGGACGAAUCUGAACCAGUAAAACUCAAAAUGGAACCACAACCAAAGGCCAGACUGAGGAAAUACAUUCCAUCAGGGGGCAGUGUGACGCUGACCUGCUCUGUGAGCCCAUCAUCAUCAUCAUCAUCAUCAUCAUCAUCAUCAUCUGGUUGGAAAUACUUCUGGUACAGAGGCAAUAAAGCCUCUGAACCUCUGACCACACAAGAUGUUGUCUUCCUCUCAAAUGAAACAAUCAGUGUCUCACAGGGAGGACUCUACUGGUGCAGAGGAGGAAGAGGAGAUCCACUUUACUACACAGAGUACAGUGAUCCAGUCGUUACAAACAGAGCUGUUGUGACCCUGCGACCCAACUGGCCUGAGAUAUACUAUCUGGAGACGAUCACACUGACAUGUGAAAUUGAGGAUGGAGGAGACGCUGAGUGGGAGUAUGAGUGGACGACACCCCGCUCAUACAGACCUGAAAAACAAAAGGAAAACAUGAUUAGAAAUGUGUUGUCAUCACACAGUGGAGACUACAGGUGUGUGGGCACACUGAAACAUGAAAAGUCUUCAACAGAGUGGAGUGAUGCUUUCACAUUGAGAGUAUCUGAUUAUAAACCUCAGCCUGUCCUCACUGUGUCUCCAUUAUGGCUGAGUCCUGGAGCCUCAGUAACUCUGAACUGCAGUGUUGAACAUCCAUCUGCAGGAUGGAGGUUCUUCUGGUAUAAGGCUGUUCCCAAACUGUCAGACAGCUCCUACAGCUAUGAGCUGAUACCUGGCAGCAUCAAUGGGACUGAACAGGAUUCCUACAUUGUUGAUGGACAGACACACACAGCAGGAUAUGUGUGCAGAGCUGGAAGAGGAGAUCCAGUGUAUUAUACUCAAUACAGUGAACCUAAGUUUGUCUGGUCUGGAGAUUCUCAUUCAGCAGCGUCUCUCACAGUGAGUCCUGACAGAAUGCAACACUUCAGCAGAGAGCCUGUGUCACUGAGCUGUGAGGGAAACUCUACCGAGUGGAGAGUGAGCAGGUUUUCUGUAGAUGGCUACCCGAGACACUGUUCUUCUUCCUCUUCUUACUGGGGGACCAUGACUGGAUCCAGAUGCAACAUGGACCGUUACUGGCAGAGUGGAGUCUACUGGUGUGAGUCUGAAACAGGACAGUUCAGCAAUGCAGUCAACAUCACUAAACAGGACAGUGAUAUUAUCCUGGUGAGCCCUGUCCAUCCUGUUACUGAGGGAGAUUCUGUCACUCUUGGCUGCAAAUUCAAGACAGAAAAAGUUCCUUAUAAUGUGGAUUUCUAUAAAAAUGACAAACUCAUCCAAAAUGUUACUGGAGGGGAGCUGACUAUCUCUGCAGUGUCAAAGUCAGAUGAAGGCUUUUAUAAAUGUACAGGAAAAGAUUCACCACAAGGUCGGCAGAGAUGGACGUCACCAGAGAGUUGGAUGUCAGUAAAAUCAGCGCCCAGGCCUCCAUUUCCUGUGCUGUUGAUUGUUGGGCCGGUUUGUGGAGUUUUACUGAUUCUUCUCCUGCUGCUGUUUCUGUAUCUCUACAGAAAGUCAAAAGAUUCAUGUUUUGUGAGGUCUCAGAGCAGCAGUCGGGGCCCUGCUACAGACCACAUGAUCAACCAGGAUGAAACUCAGCUCAAGGAAUAUGCUCCUCCUCUCCAUGGCGAUGCUGUUCUCUCUGAAUCAAUCAAAGGCUUUGAAGAACCUGAACAUGGUGAAUCCAGCAAUGUCACAUAUUCUGUGGUUGAGCUCAAAAACAUCGCUAAGAAGGGGAAGAAAACAGAGGAGCCAGAGGAGAGCGCAGUUUACUCAGAUGUGAAGAUAAGAUCAGCUACAGACAACAAUGUGAUGUAUGCCCAGGUGAACUUUCACAAUAAAGCCAAGAAAGACAAAGAUCAAUAAAGAGAUCUGCAUAGACAAAACCAGCAGAAUGGAUGACAACAUGAAGAACUGCAGUAGUGUUUAACUCAAUGACAGAAAAGGGGUCUCUUAAAGGAAAAUGGCCACUUUGAAAAUACAGACAGUACUUACUGACCCUCAUGCCAACAAGAAGUCCAGUGUAGUUUUUUAAUCCACAAAACUUGUACAGGGUAUCGGAGGAUGACGGGCUGCCACAGCUUCAGGGCACUUGGAUUAUGACGGAUGAGCCAUUCUGACG